AAACAAGCCAAGCUUGCAGAGCAAUAUAAAGAGCAGAGCUGGAUAACUAUGGCAGAUCUGGAGAGAGAAUUGCAGGAGAUGGAAGCACAAUAUGAAAAGGAAUUUGGAGAUGGAUCAGAGGAUGAUGAUGACUUAGAACAGGAGAUAAAAGAAGGAAUAGAAGUUCCUGUCUUUACAGACAAGUUGAGUGAUGAGGCUGAGGAAGCAGAAUGUGUUGAUGAUCUUUACUGCCCUGCGUGUGACAAAUUGUUAAAAACUGAGAAAGCCAUGAAGAAUCAUGAAAAAUCAAAGAAGCAUCGAGAGAUGGUAGCUCUGUUACGGCAGCAACUAGAAGAGGAGGAGGAAGAAUUUUCUGUAUCUUUGGAUGAUGCCAAUGAAAUAAAGACCAAAGAGGAGGAAGAAAUGGAAGAGACACCCAAACAGAAACUCUCUAAGAAGCAGAAGAAGAAACAGAAAACAAUGACGACUUACGAGGACUCUUUUGAUCAAAGUGCUGAUGAGGAACCAGUUGAACAGAGGGAGGCUCCCAGUGCAGACAAGGACAGUAGCUCAGCAGGCAAGCUGGUAACUGAUGGCCAGAAAUGUUCUGCGUCAGAGGAAACGAGUGCUACAGAAGACGUCAGCCAAGCGAAUGAAGCAAAAAAUGAAGUGAAAAGUAGUACUAAGCCUAAAGGGAAGAAAACCAAGGAUGCAAAAAAAUCUGCUAAGGCAUCAUCAGAGCACCCAACAAUGAGUGAAGUUCCCAUCCACUGUGUAACCUGCAACUCUGUGUUUCCAUCUCGGAAUAAACUGUUUGAACACCUGAAAGCUACAGGCCACGCAAAAGCAAUGCAAGCACCAGCUGUAAAUGGAGCUGUACACACCAAAAACAAAAAAGAGAAACGUAAAAACAGAUAGAACUUUGUUACAGUGACAGUCUUCAAAAUCAUCCAUGAAA